AUGAUCCCAAACCAGGACCUUCAGUUAUCAGGGACUGUACAAUUACUCCUUCAUUUUCAGUGGACUUGGAUUGGACUUAUUGUUUUCGAUGACAGUUACGAGGACACUUUUUUGCAGACCAUUACACCAUUGUUCACAAGAAAUGGUAUUUGUACUGCCUUCACACUAAGAAUUCCUUACAUGGAGUUUGGCUCCUAUGACACUCGACUGAAGGAACACAUGACAUCUUUAACCCAGGGCACUGUCAAUGUCAUUCUCAUCUAUGGGGAUUCUCAAAGUUCUUUGUAUGUACCAUCCAUCCCAAGUGGGAAGGUCUGGAUUUCAACAGCCCAGUGGGAUUUUGCAGCAGACUCCAUUUCAGAUAAGUUCCAUGGUGCUUUGUCCUUUGCAAUCCAUUCUAAGGAGCUUCAUCCUUAUUUGAAAAAAGGCCGCUUUAACAAUACUGCUGGGGAUGAAGUAUUUUUCAAUGAAAAUGGAGACAUGGAAGCAAGUUUUGAUAUUAUAAACUGGGUCAUAUUGAAAAACAACACGGUUGCUAGAAAGAACGUUGGGAGGAUGGUUCCCGAUGCUUCCUCUGGCCAAGAAUUUAACAUUAAUGAGGAGAGCAUUCAGUGGCCAAGUGAAUUUAACCAGACAACACCACGUUCCAUUUGCACUGACAACUGCCAUCCUGGAUACAAUAAGGUGGUCAGGGAGGGGAAAUCUAUUUGCUGCUAUGGUUGCUCCCCAUGUCCGGAAGGUGCCAUUGCUAAAAAUGUAGAUUCAAAGGUGUGCAACAAAUGCCCUGACGACCAGUAUCCCAACCAGCAGAGAGAUGAAUGCAUUCCUAAGGCUAUCACCUUCCUCUCCUAUCAAGAACCUUUGGGAAGACUUUUGACUGCCUGCGCUGUAUUCUUUUUCUGCAGCAGUGUUUGGAUUCUAGGGGUCUUUACCAAGCACCAGAAUACACCAAUAGUCAAAGCCAACAAUAGAGGCCUGACCUACGGGCUCCUCAUCUCCCUGCUGCUUUGCUUUCUCUGUUCCUUGCUAUUCAUUGGAUGGCCCGGAAAGGUCACCUGUCUACUCCGACAAACGGCUUUUGGCAUCAUCUUUGCUGUUGCUGUUUCCUGUGUGCUGGCCAAAACCAUCACUGUCGUUUUGGCUUUCAUGGCUACAAAACCAGGCAGCAAGAUAAGAGGGUGGUUGGGAAAGAGGUUGUCAUGUGUCAUUGUCCUCUCCUGCUCUCUUGUCCAAGUGGGUAUCUCUGGGGUUUGGCUGGGAACCUCUCCUUCUUUUCCAGAACUGGACAUGCACUCACAGCCUGGACAGAUCAUAGUGCAAUGUAAUGAAGGGUCAGUCGCCAUGUUUCACGCGGUCGUUUUCUACAUGGGUCUUUUAGCUCUUGCCAGUUUCAUGGUGGCUUUUCUUGCCAGAAAACUGCCGGAUACUUUUAAUGAGGCCAAAUUUAUCACUUUCAGCAUGAUGGUCUUCUGCAGUGUUUGGCUGUCUUUUGUGCCAACCUACCUAAGCACCAAAGGAAAAUACAUGGUGGCUGUGGAGAUCUUCUCCAUCUUGUUCUCCAGUAGCAGCUUAUUAGGGUUCAUUUUUCUUCCUAAAUGCUACAUUAUUGUUUUGAGACCUGGCUUGAACACCAGGAAACAAUUAAGAAGGGAUACAAUGCACAGGAAGUGA